AUGAUUGGAAAAUGUAUUGGACCAAAAAAAAUUUUUGAAAAAUAUUUAACAAAGAAUGAAAAAGUUGAAUUAAAAGAGUUGGUUGAGGAUAAUUUUGAUGGUUCAAAUAAGGAUUUUGUUUUAUUUGAAGUUUUUAAAUAUCUUCAGAAUCAUUUAACUAUCUUUCAAUGGAAUGACAUUUGGCCAGAAAUUGAAUAUUAUUUGUCUCUAGAUUUACCAUGUAGCUCAUACGCAACAAUACUUCCACCAAACUACUAUAAAGCGCUUCUGAAAGCCGUUCGUAAUGCGGGAAAAGCAGGUAGAAGCAAAAAAGAAAUAAAAAGGCUUGUUGAUGAUUACUUAGAUCGAAUUUUAAUGGAUCCUCAGUUUCAAAAAGAAACAGCACAUAGAUUUGAUUAUUUAACUAAACAACAAGUGCUGAUUAAAUCAUAUAAUAUGCCAUUUGAUUAUUGA